UUUGCUAGUCAAUGCUCUCUGACGGCACAGGACGAGAUUGCGGUCAAACAAGCCACAGAAGAUCGCAAAAUAUCUGGUAUUGAGCAAUUUGAGAAAGAAGAGACAGGUGCCAUGAUGAGAUUUUUCCAAUUUUCUACUGAUGAUCUGCAGAACAGAUUAAUCUGACAUUUUAAAAAAAGGGAGGAUGGCUGUUUCACCACACCUGAUGAGACCUUGAAUAUCUGGGACUAUUACUUCAAUGAACACGACCUGAACUUCAAUAUCUGGGACUAUUACAUCAAGGAACCCUACCUAAACAUCAAUAUCUGGGACUAUUAACUUCAAUGAACCAUGCCUGACCUUCAAUAUCUGGGACUAUCACUUCAAUGAACCCUAUGUAAACUUCAAUAUCUGGGGCUACAUGUAUUGCCUGAACGAAACCUACCUGAACUGCAAUAUCCGGGACUAUUACUUCAAUUAACCUACAUAGACUCUAGAAUCUGGGACUACUACAUCAUAGGGGCUGCUCUCUUGGUCUCACGGAAGGUCAGCAUAGAAAAACAACAAAUGUUGUAGUGUAGUAUCAGUCCUUUCUUGACAGCAUGGACGGCAGAGCUGUUGGCGGCCUUUAUUGUGGAACCUACUUUUGUAACAAUCAAACUAUAAAUUCAAAAGGUGUCCCUCAAUGAUGUGAAUCACUUUUAUGGUUUAGUCAGUGCUUUAUGGGUUCUGGUUCAUAAGUCACUCAAAUAAAAGAAUUGGUGAUCAUGAGUCUGGUGAAGGGAACUAUUUACAAGUAUUUUUAACUGAUAAGGCUCGACAACAAGCAUGUUUAUAAUGUCAUUAUGGUAGUUUUUAUUCUCAGUUCUUGAUUUCUGUUUUCAUCUUGACUUUUGAAAGUAUGUCUGAAAUCAAAGUAGGCUUAUUGUUUGUAUGAUCCUUCAGAGAUUUCAUUCAGUAUUUUGUUCACAAGUCACUGUUAUAUAUUUGGUAAUAUCAUUCACUUACAUAAGAUGAACAUUUCAUUGACUUCUCUAACCCUUGCAGAUCACAAUAUGACAUAGGAGGAGACUUUGCUAUCGUCUUCAUGAGUAACAUUCCUACAUGUCUGCUCUACAAAAAACCUUUAUCUCACCAGGAUGGAGACAUUAUUCAGAUGUAGAUAUUGUCACAAGGCCUGCAACAAUAGUCUUCAACUGGAGAAGCAUGAGAGAACGCACCAAGAGGAAACAGUCGUGACCUGCAGAGGUUGUGGUGAGCACUUUGAAAGCAAGGAUUUACUUGCAAGACAUCCCUGCACAGGAUCUGACAAAGGCAACUUCUGUGCAAAGACGCAUGCUACAGAUACAGAGCUGCAAGAACAUGAGCAGGGACACCUUCGUGGAGUGGAGAAGUUCCAAUGCAAACUAUGCAACUGCAAUUUUGACAUGGUCCACGAUCUUCAAAGACACUUAGAAAUGCACAAUCAUACCAAUAAAUACAUAUAUAUGUGUCCGAAAUGCUCAAAGAGGUUCGAAUCAAAGCUGUCUUUGGAAUGUCACCUUCAGGAGCACGAGGAAGUGAAGUCAGGCUCGCAGGAUCCGUUGAGAGUGAUACCAAGUAAUGAUGCGGUGGAUAUCACUGGAAGUACAAGGUUAGAGACAUUCUUUUGUAAUGUUUGUGGACAGACUUUUAAUCGGGAGGGACAGUUUCGGCAGCACCUGGAUGGACAUUUCCAGAGGAACUUGUACGAGUGUGACAUUUGCAAUAGCAGGUUUGCCGGUCCAUUCCUCUUGCAACAUCACAUGGAGGUACACAGCUCAGCGAGGCCCUUUGUGUGCUCACAAUGUGGAACGGGAUACAGACAGAAGGAGUUGCUGAUGAAGCAUUUCAAAAUUCAUGGUGUACCAAAGAUGGACAAUCGUGAUCAACUCCAAGAGGCAAGUAGCAAGCAAGAAGUGAAGCAGACUGGUGUGUUUAUUUCUCAUGAAGAGAGCGAUGCAAGUGCUCUGAUUGACAAAAAGGUCAACCAACACUUGGACAGUGAUGGAGCAAACUUUUUUGACUUGCUUCAGACAUGUAACAGUGAAGACAGUGAAAGUAUCUUUUGGGCAUCUCAAGCAGGUAAAGAUGAUUUUACCAAAAUAAAUCCUGUGUAUGAGGACUUGCUGUCCCAGACAGCUUUACAAAAUGAACAACUUCAUCCAAAACAACUCAGGGAAAACUCUUUGCCCAUGUCUGGUGAAGGAGGAGACCAAAGUCCUCCUCUUGUAAAGAUGAAAGGCAAAAGAAGGAAGUCCUUUCCGUGUGAUAUCUGCAACAAAGUGUUUAAAUUUAAAUCUCAUUGUCAGCGACACAGGCGGAUACAUACAGGAGAAAUGCCAUUCAAAUGUGGGGUUUGUGGCAGGAAGUUCAGGUGGAGGAGCUCACUGGUGACACAUGCGUGUCUGAAGUAUCGUGGAAAAGAUAAACCCUCCACCAGCGAUAUUUCUCUUGUGCAUUCUGCAGAGCAUCUGAAUGAUCACCAACAGGGACAUAGUGGAGAAUGUGUUCCUGAGGUCAAUGGACAUGGCGAAGUGACUCAAAAUGCCAACGAUGGAUUCGUCUGUAGUCUGUGUGGAGGGAAUUGUGCCACGGAGAUCCUGCUGCAGAGUCACACGUGUGUACUUGAUGGGCGUAAGUCUGAUCCUCCAACGUCUGAAAUUCAAAUGCAGUGGCAGAGUGAUAGGGUUGAUCCCGCGAAGAGAAGUGUGGUGGUGUCCAGCACGAUGCCUACAGAGAAUAGCCAGUCCAUCUUGCCAAUGACUGGUGCAGGAACUAACCAAACAUCUGAUCCUGCUGUUGGCGUAGUGCAACAGAAGCAGCUUCAGGGAUCAAGAAAGUGGGGGAUAUCUUGGAAGACCAGGCAGCCAAGAGUUUCCACUCCGAGUGCAAACACUGCUGUUACCUCACAUCCAAGUGCAGUAAAGGAGAGGAACAAGGUGUUUGCAUGCGAGUUUUGUUACAAAGUUUUCCUCUGUAAAAAUAAAUAUCUGCGGCACAAGCGUUUACAUACAGGAGAGAAGCCUUUUGAAUGCGUUAAGUGCAACAGGAGAUUCAUGUGGGCGAGCUCACUGGCUUCACAUAAGAAAACACAUGAAAAAAGGGAUUUACAUGUAUAUGCUACAAAUCAUGAUGUUAUCUCCGUAAUUGAUUCUGAGCAAUCUGAUGAGGCAACACUAGAGCAAUCAGGCUGGAUUCCUGAAGUUAAAGAGGAAAGAGGUUUGGACAAAGCUUUCAUUUGCGGGCAGUGCGGAAAGAGUUUCACCUCGGAACACAAGUUGCGAUGUCACGCUUCUGUACAUGAAGUCCACAAGUACUUCUCACGAUCAGCGCCAAGGACUGAUACAGGUUUAGCUCAAGUUUCUUACAGGGCUAAGGAUGUAACUCAAAAGAGCAAUGUUGAACCAAAGCAUAAGGAGAAGUGCCACACAAGGAAGCCUGAAGGCACUACGUCAGAGACAGGUGUGCUUUCGAGAAAGCGGAACAGGAGGCAGUUUGUUUGUGAGUAUUGCAACAAGGUGUUUAACCAUCGCAGCCGGUAUGUGCGACACUUGCCUAUCCAUACAGGUGAGAUGGCAUACCAAUGUAGUCUUUGUCACAUGAAAUUUAAGUGGAGAAGCUCGCUGGACUCGCACAAGAAGUCUCACGACAAAAAGAAAGGAGGAACUUCUAGUGAUGACUCUCUUCCCUUCAUUGAUGCUGAGAAGUCUGGUGAACUCAUGCAAGAGCAACCAGAUGGAACCCUUGAAGAAAAUGAGGGGACUGUUGGAGACGAAAUGUUCAUUUGCUUGGUAUGUGGAAUGGAUUUUGACACGGAAAUGCAACUACAAAGUCACAACUCCACCCAUGAAGACACAAAGUAUGAUCCAAUAUCUGUGCCAAGAACUGAUACAGAUGUGGCACAACUUUCUGGUAGAGCGAAAGAAGCACCAAAACAGAACAAUCCUGAGAAUUCCAAGGGGAAUGAAAAGCCCCACACAGGAAGGAUUGGUAACCCUUUAGAAACAGAUAAAUUUCAUAAGCAAAAGAAAAUAAUUAAAAACUUUGAAUGUGAAGUCUGUAGCAAAGUGUUCCAUAUAAAAAACAAUUAUCAUCGGCACAAGCUUUUGCAUACAGAAGAGAAGCCAUUUCAGUGUGACCAGUGUGAAAAGGCAUUCAAGUGGGGAAGCUCAUUAGAUUCACAUAUCAAGUCUCACAACAAAAAGAAAGGACCUACUUCCAGCUCUGACUACGUGUCUCUCAUUGCUAACGAGCUGACCCAAGAGCACUCCGAACCGAUCCCUGGGUGUAGUCAAGAUGAGAAGUCGGCAAGCACUUCUCUGAAACCGUUUGUUUGUCCCCAAUGUGGAAUGGAUUAUGUCUCUGACUUGGAGCUGCAGAUUCACAUGUAUAUACACGGAGAUGAGGCCUAUCUCCAGAGAGUCCAGACAAAAAAGCGUAUGGAUGGGACUGACCCUGAGAAAAUUGAUAGACCCGUGAUGCAAACAACCCAACGUCCUACAGCCAAUGUUCCACCUCACCAGGUACAUGAGCCAGAGAGUAGAGGGAUCAGGUCUACAGAGAAGUCUGGUACUAGUGGUAGUACUACCUUGGAAAGAGGUACAAUGCAGAAGCAGACGAGCAAGAACUAUGUGUGCGAGAUCUGUGGCAAAUCAUUCGGCAGUUCAAACCACUAUCGGCGUCACAUGCCACUCCACACGGGCGAGGUGCCGUAUGAGUGUGAGAGAUGCAACAAGAAAUUCAAGUGGAGAAGCUCGCUGGAUUCACACAGAAGAUCACAUGCACGGAAAGAUGCUCUUACCGAUGUAUAGUUCAGUCAAUCCAUGAACUUUAAAGCCCGUCUGUACUAGUUUGGCCAGGGGGGAUUAGACCUCCCUGCAAGGUCACUGACAAGUGUCUAUCUCAUCAAAUCAGCUCUCAAUUAACAUAAGAAAAAAAGGAUCAUGGGGAACAUGGUCACCUAUGCAUUGUUUUCUAGAUAGAGGGAGCAAGUAGUACAGUGGGGCUUUAAAGAUACAGAGUAUGAUUUGUAAGAAGUCUUGGCAAUACCUUUGGCACUUCUUUCCUAUGAUUUUCAUUUUUAAGAAGGGCAUCUGCCCAAUGAACAACCAACCAUCAUUUUUUAUCCUCUGGAUUUACCCAUAUACAGUUUACCAGGGCAGGCAUACUCACAAAAUUCAAAUGUAUCUGCAGCAGGAUGGUUCACACAAAAAAAUCCAAACAUGUAAAAUUGAAACGUGGAAGGAGUAUGAACAGAUGUGUAUGAAGAACAAAGUCUCCUCUGCCCAGGGUACAGGGGCCCGUUUCUCGAAACCGUCAUAAGUCUAACUUCUUGACUAUCCCAUUGA